AGCGCCCAUGCGGGGCUCCUGGCUGAUGCCGGUCCUUUAUCUGAGGGAAUUGCUCGGUGAGGGGGGGCGUAGGAGACUUGGUGCGUGUCCCGGGAAGGGGUAUGAGCACUUGGGAGCCGGUGCGGAUCCAGGAGGGUUGUGAAGGUGAAGCCUGCCCAUCCCCUGGUCACCAUGGGCACUGGAAGAAUGGCCACCCAGCCUCUGACCAAGAAGGCCCUGGGGUCAGUGGCGUUCAGGGAUGUGAUUGUGGACUUCACCCAGGAGGAGUGGCAGCAGCUGAAGCCUGCACAGAAGGACCUGUACAGGGACGUGAUGAUGGAGAACUACUGGAACCUGGUCUCACUGGAUUUGGAGGCAAGACCUGACAUGAAAGAAUUGGACCCACAGGAAGACAAGUGGGAAGACAGACCAUCUGUUGUGGUGGUGGUGGAAGGACCCAAGAGGAACGGUGCUCAGGGUUACAAUUGUGAAGGAGUGAGGACACAGGGUGACUGGGUGGGGCAGCGACAAGGUAGCCCAGGGACAUGUCUGAAGUGGUUGGACAUGUCCCAAGCUUUAUCUCCUCAAUGUUGUGAACUUACAGCAUACAUGCACCAAAGCCCCAUGCCAGUCCCACCAGGAUUGGAAGGACCGAGAGAAGCGGGAACGCACUCCUUUGCCAUGUGUGGGAAGGACUCGGGUACUUCAAGCCUAGAUCCUCCCUCCAAACACUGUGCAGAGAAGAAGCCCUAUGAGUGUGGGGACUGUGGCAAGGCAUUUAGCUAUAACUCGUGCCUGAAGAAGCACCAACGAAUCCAUACCAGGGAGAAGCCAUACCAUUGCGGGGAGUGCGGCAAAGCUUUCGGUUAUAACUCAUCCUUGAAGAUGCACCAACAAAUACACACCAGGGAGAAGCCCUUCUCCUGUGCCAUGUGUGGAAAACAGUUCCUCUGGAAAUCUUACCUCACUGUCCACCAGCGCAUGCACACGGGGGAGAAGCCCUUCUCCUGUGCCACAUGUGGGAAGCAGUUCCUCCGUAAGUCAUGCCUAACCAUCCACCAGCGUGUGCAUACUGGGGAGAAGCCAUACGAGUGCACUGUGUGCAGGCGCACCUUCAGUCAGAGCGUGCACCUAACAGAGCACCAGCGGACACACACGGGUGAGAAGCCAUUCACAUGUCCUGAGUGUGGCAAGGCCUUUAAAAGGAACUCAUCACUCACUCUGCACCGCGGGAUCCACAUGGGCAAGCGGCCCUACACAUGUGGCCAGUGUGGCAAAGCCUUCACCAACAAUUCCUUGCUCAGGGAGCAUAGGUGUGUGCACACCGGGGAGAAGCCUUACAAGUGCAGCCAGUGCAGCAAGGCCUUUAGCCAAAGCUCCUCACUCAGAGUGCACCAGCACAUGCACACCGGGGAGAAGCUCUACAGGUGCGGCCAAUGUGGCAAGGCCUUUAGCCACAGCUCCUCGCUCAGGGUGCACCAGCGCGUCCACACUGGGGAGAAGCCCUGCAAGUACUGUGUCUGCCAGAUGCACUUUGCCACACGCAGGUCCCUUGUGGUGCACCAGACUGGCCACAGUGGCAAGAAGCCCUAUAAGUGCAGCCAGUGUGGCAAGGCCUUUAGCUACAACUUUUCCCUCAGUGAACACCGGCGCAUGCACACUGGGGAGAGGCCCUACAAGUGCUCCAUUUGCCUGAUGCACUUUGCAGUACGCGCAUCACUGGUGGCACACCAGGCCAGCCACACCAGCAAGAAGCCCUACAACUGUGACCACUGCAGCAAGGCCUUCAACCUCAACUACUCACUCAGGGAACAUCAGCGCGUGCACACUGGGGAGAAACCCUACAAGUGCAGCCAGUGUGGCAAGGUCUUUAGUUACAGCUCCUCGCUCAAGGAGCACCAGCAUGUGCACACUGGGGAGAGGCCCUACAGGUGCUCCAUCUGCCAGAUGCACUUUGCGGUGCAUGCAUCCCUAGUGGCACACCAGGCCAGCCACACCAGUGAGAAACACUACAAGUGCAGCCAGUGCAGCAAGGCCUUCAGGCAAAAUUCCUCACUCAGGGAGCACCGGCGUGUGCACACUGGAGAAAAGCCCUACAAGUGCAGGCAGUGCAGCAAGGCCUUUAGCUUCAAAUCCUCUCUCAGUAAGCACAGGCUCAUGCAUACUGGGGAAAAGCCCUAUAAGUGCAGCCAGUGCAGCAAGACCUUCAGCAAGAACUGCUUGCUCAGGAAGCACAGGCAUGUGCACACCGGGAGUAGCCCUGCCAGUGCUCCGUCUGCCAGAAGUGAUUCGUGGCACUCUUGUCCCUGCAGGAGCACCUGACCAAGCAUGCAAUGGAAAAGCCCUAUACGUGCAGCUGGCGUGGCAAAGCCUUCGUCAGAGACUUCUUGAUUCCCAUCUACCAUGGGAUCUACCUGGGAGACAAGCCCUGUAAGUGUGACAAGUGCAGGAAAACCUUCAGCAAGAACUUCAACCUCACACGACACCAGAGGAUUCACACAUAGCAGAUGUGCGUGGGAUCUUAGAAUCUACACCCAACAGGCAGAUCCUGAGUCCAUGGGCCAGUGCUAGACUUGACAGUGCAGGCCACAAGUAGACACAAGAGAAAUCCUGCCCAGACGGGUCAUAGGAAUGUAGGCACUGGGGACAGGCCACACCAUGCUCACCAUUUGAUUCCCCAGCAUGCCCAGGGCCAUGUGGAAAGCAAGCUCCCCUACAGGUCCAGUAUCUGGUCCAGUGGCCAGGGGCACUGUGGCUCCAGACCAAGCUGGAGUAAACUGUCCUAUGAACUUGGACAAUGCAUUUAGUGUCUCUGGGACUCCAUCUUCUCAACACUAAAGUAGAGGAGUGGGAGGAGGAAAGAAGAGGGGGAGGUGGGCUCCAUGGGGACAUUGUCACUUUGUCACACAUGCCUAGAGGUAGUCCAGAGAACAGGAUGUCACCAUCUAUGUGUUUCCUUGUUUUCCCCACACACAGCCCCUAGUUCCCUGCAACACCAGCUGGGAGGCCCCAAGCUCAUAAGCUGUAGAAGUUACCAGGUUGUUCAUGAGGAGAAAAAAUAUUUUUUUCAGGAUUAGGAACUAACAGUAGUACUUUAGAUACCAAAGUUUCUCAUAGUGGGCUGUUAAAAAUAUUUUUUAAAUAAAACUUUGAAUUAAAUGACAUCAACAUUGUUUUAAACAGUGAUCAGGUACAAAAGAUUCAGGGACUGGUAGUCCUGUCCAAAUGAGUGCUAACAGUUGGGGGGGGGGGCAGGAUCACAAAUACCUCACAGGAACCCCAGGAACUGAGCAAGCCUGUCCCAGGCCAUGUGUCUGCUGCAACCCCGAUUCCUGGCUUGGGAAUGGUCACACCAUGUCUCAUGCCUGUUAUCAGAACAGGUUUCUCUGAGGUUUGCUGGUCUCCUAUGGUGAUGAAGAAAUACUAUCAGAAUAUUUCUGUGUUGGACAGAAAUUAUAUCUGUCCAUCUGCCCACCACACACACACACACACACACAUACCAGCAGCAUCAGGAGGUUCAGUGAAUUCUCAUCUGUUAUCCUGAAUGCUCAUUUCCCCAGUAAACAUCUCCCAUGGCAUGAAAUUUCAUCAGGGGAAUUUCCCUUUGGCCCAAGUUUCUUUAAAGAGCUGCCUAGCAGGGAAUGUGACCUUACAGAUGAUCACCUGCUUUCUAUAGGGGUUGAGAGGUGGUGAGAAGAGAGGCAUUUUUUCACUGCUGAAUUCCAUGUGGUGCAGGGAGGUUCAUGUGACUGUGACAGGUAUGUGUGUCAGGGGGUUGUGAGUUGGGUCAAGAAGGAUGUAAGUUGUUUUCUUUCCUGCUUAGUGUUGGGGAGAGGCUGUUUGAAGACAUAAGAAAGUAGAUAUAUAAUACAUAAAGACCUAGAAACUGCAUCCUCUGGUAAGCAGGAAUCUCUAGAGACAAGGGUUUAGGUGAACAGCAAGUCAGUCAACAAGUGUGUGUCUCCUCUGGGCCAGGCAGUGUUCCAGGUGCUGGGAGUCCAGCAGUGAGUGAACCAGAGACCCUCAUCUCAUGGAGCCCAUACCACUCUUUUCUGAGCGAGAUCGGAGGUAAUGAGGUAGAAAGUGAAUGGCGGGGCUGUUUCAGUUUUGGCAGUUAAGGAGGGUCUCUCUCAGAAGGUGGUAUUGGAGCACAGCCCCAGUAAGCAAAGAGAAGACAGCUGUGUAGAUACUGGGGGCAGGGCAGUGUCCUCUCAAUCCAGGCUCAGUAGAGCCAUGCUUGAAAGAGAAAACAUUGGUAACCCCCCAAGGAUCUGUCCUUAGGAAGUUUGUUAAAUAUAUUCAGUCCAUCUGGAUAAGACAUGGUGAGGAAUUGCGGAAGAUGCUCUGACAUACAGCAUUAAAUA